CCCAUUUCCGGCAAGGCGUCUUAGCAGUUAACAUUAAAGAUCACCAUUGUGAACGCAGCAGCUACCAGAGCGACACUUCUGACUUACAGCUAGUUUGAAAUGGCUCUUUGACUCCAGCCAAAACAUUGCCAAAUCCCAUCAUGGCUGUCUGUCUCGUCUUUCUACUCAGCAGUCUUGGCCUUGCUAUUACUGCUCAAGCUCAAGACUGUCCCAAGCCUGUUCCAGGACCCAACAUGAAUUUAAAGGGCAAUGACAUAGUUUUGCAAGAAUUCCCAGAUGGGACCAAAGUGACUUUUACCUGUGAAGUUGGCUACCAGUCUGCAGGAGGGUCUGGAGUCAGUACUUGUUCUGCUGGGAAUUGGAGUCCUGUGAGGCUGCAAUGCGAGAGGAAAAACUGUGGUGCACUUGAAGCUGUAAUAAAUGGUGACAUAACUUACCCUACAUCAACCCUGUUUGGUGAUACAGCGGUGGUAACUUGCAACGCUGGAUACAGACGGGUUGGUCGAGAGACAAUCCGCUGUGGAGACGCAGGUUGGUUGGACAGGUUGCCUGUAUGUGAAGUGUCUAAGUGUGGUCCACCACCUGCGAUAGCUGAUGGCACAUUCUAUCCAGAAAAAGAAGAGUAUGAAUACAGGGAAGUUGUGCGUUACACCUGUCAGAAGGAUUUAACUCUCAAUGGAUCCAAAUCAGUCUCCUGUUCAGAAGAUGGAACAUUUACACCUGCAGCUCCAACAUGUAUAAAUGUUCAAUGUGAAGCCCCAAAUAUCGACAAUGCCGAAUAUAUUGCAGGUUCUCUGAAUUCUUACAAAUACAAAGCUACAGUGACACAUCAGUGCAGAACUGGAUAUAUGAUGAUAGGACAAAGUACCUCUGUAUGUGAAAUAGAUGGCGAGUGGUCACCUAAACUUCUGGAAUGUCAACGGAAAAACUGUGGUGCACUUGAAGCUGUAAUAAAUGGUACAAUAACUUACCCUACAUCAACCCUGUUUGGUGAUACAGCGGUGGUAACUUGCAACACUGGAUACAAACUGGUUGGUCGAGAUACAAUCCGCUGUGGAGACGCAGGUUGGUUGGACAGGUUGCCUGUAUGUGAAGAGGUUCAGUGUAAAGCCCCAAAUAUCGACAAUGCCGACUUUACUUCAGGUUCUCGGUAUCCUUACAAAUACAAAGCUACAGUGACACAUCAGUGCAGAACUGGAUAUAUGAUGAUAGGACAAAGUACCUCUGUAUGUGGAAUAGAUGGCCAGUGGUCACCUAAACUUCUGGAAUGUAAACCCAAAAACUGUUCCAAACCUGUCGGAGGAGUCAACAUGAAUUUGAAGGACAGAAAUACGCCCACAUUCCCACAUGGAACGAGCGUUACGUUUGUCUGUGAUGCUGGCUACGAGUCUGCAGGAGGCUCUGCAGUCACUACCUGUACUACGGGGAAUUGGAGCCCUGUGACGCUGAAAUGCAAGAAAUUGCCCACCCCAACUACGACAGACAAGCCAGGUGGAAAGGAAGGUGAUGGUGAUGGAGGGACAGACAACGGUAGAAGCAUCACUGGUGAAACUGUGGGGAUUAUUAUUGGAUGUGUUGCAGGUCUCUUCCUGGUCGUUCUUGCAAUCUAUUAUUUCAAGAAAAAGAAAAAGGCAGGCUUUCAGAAAGGCACUGGUGAAAAUGAGACUACAGGUGACGGAAACUCUGUGGAGCUCCAGAGUGGUAAGCACAGCGCUGCUGUUGGUACAACAUUACUGAAUGAGAAAACGUCUGAUUAAGAAGAGGAUCGUCACUGGACUAGUCAUCGAAUGUAUUUGUGCCGUCCAUGUCCAUGUUGAUUGCGCAGGCUCAUUGAAAGUGUUUCCGCAGAAAGUCUGAGAUUAUGAAUUCUCAGCAGAACAAGCUCAAGCCUUAGCAAAUGCUCGAGGGGGGCUUCUCUGAUCUUUUACAUUUUAGCACGUCGCUCAAAACGCCUUAGUUUUAGUCUUGUAUAUUUCAAUAGAGCGAUGCCUUGUAAGCUCUCUACAUCAUCAUAACAGUUUUUCAUUGUCAGUAAUUAUGAAGGAGUGAGGACCUCAUGGCCCGGUUGUUCAAAAGUUAUCUGUUUGGACCAGAACUUGAAAUCGGGUUGUCCAAAGGUUAUUAGAUAAGAUCAAGUGAUCAAAUCCUGUCUUUUUAUCCGGAUCAAACCCCGAGCUUGAGUUCUUCAAAACUCUGAAGAAGGAUCAAGAUUACUUUUGAUCACAUAAAAUCUGUAUUAUCCUGAUUCCAGCAGAGGUCUAAAAAACCAUAACAUUUGUCAAACAACACAAUGUUCUUAGAGGGGAGUGGAUAUUUGAAGACAUUAUUGAAACUAUAAAAGUAUAUCCAGAACAGCUUGAUCCAAUACUGUUUUCCUUUGAGGAAAAAACUGGACAAACCUGAGUUAGUUCUGGAAAAAUGGAUUUCCAAGCCCAGCUCAUUUUAAUCUGGAUUGAACCUUUUGAUCAACCGGGCCCAAUAUUAUUAAAAAGACAUAUACUUGCACUAAAGCACGCAGAUCAGCUCAGCUUUGCCAAUACUGCACAUUUACACGAUGACUUAAAUGAAGAAAAAUCUGUAAAUAAUUUUUUUAGUAGUAGUAAUAAAUAUUUAUUUCGGUCCAUGACCACAAAGCAUAGAACAUACACGAACAAUAAUAAGAAUUUAAAAAACAAUGGCCGAAAAGGUGUAGGAUGAAGCCGAGGCUUAUUAUGCCUACCCUUUAAACAUUUCAUUUCUACAGUAUAUCAAAACAAGAAUAGCUGCAAAAAAACAAAAACAAACAAAGUAACCUGAUUUCACAAAACAGAAAACAUUUGUCAGUUAACCAAAACAAAACAAUAAAAAGGAAAAAAAUAAAUAAAUUAAAAGCUUCCAUAAAUGAUUAAUUAUAGUCAAACUAUAGUUAUAAACUAUUAUAGAUUUUCUAUACAUUUAUAUAUUAUAUAUGUAUAGAUCAUGUACAUAACUAGAUUAUAUAUAUAAUUAUAGCAGCAGUAUUAGUACUGCUGUUGGUGUCAUUAUCAUAAUGAUGUUUUAUAUUUUUCUAUUACCCUGAAUUUGAACAGUUUUUUGAAUUUUCUAAUUGAGCUGCACAUUUUUAAUUUGUUAUUUAAGUUGUUCCAGAGGUUAACCCCUUUAACAGAUAAGCACCUACUUUUGGUGUUAGUUCUUGCCCUUGAAUUUUUUGAAAAGAUUUAUUUAAUCUUGUGCCUUUAAUGGAGAGACAGGACAGUGGAUAGAGUUGGAAAUCAGGGAGAGAGAGUAGGGAAUGACAUGUCCCUUGAAUUUUUGAACAUACAUGUUCCCCUUAGUUUAAACGUGCUUUCUCUAGCCCUGAACAGUUCCUGGAUGCAGUAUGGAAGUGCAUUAUUCUGUGCCUUGUACAUUAUAACAGCAGUGUUGAGGUCAGCUAGGUCUUCUAGUUUUAAAGUGUGUAGUUUGAUGAAUAGAGGAUUUGUUGAUUCAUAGUAAUUGGUAUGAUUCACAAUUCUGAUGGCUUUCUUUUGUAGUAUGAAAAUUGGGUUUAAGUUUGUUUUGUGUUACCCCAUACUUCCACGCAGUACGUAAUGUAUGGAAGAAUGAGGGAGCAGUACAUAAUAUAAAGUGAGCUCUGAUUCAAAAUAUUUUUCAUUUUAAAUUGUGUAUCUGUGAUUUCCAGUUGAGUUUAUUAUCUAUUAUGAUGCCCAAAAAAUUAUUUUCAUUUCCACGUUCAAUUUUAAAAUCAUUGAUCUUGAGUUAAGCCUGUUUAUUCAUUUUUCUAUUGCCAAAGAUAAUAUGUUUAGUUUUGCUUAGGUUCAGUGACAGCUUAUUAAUGUCAAACCACUUCUUUAGAAUUGUUAAUUCCUUUUCCACUGCAUUCAGGUAUUCCUUGAUUUUGUUGAAGUUUUUGAAGACUUCUACUGUUGAGCUGUAUAAUUGAGAAAGUACAAUCCAUUCUUGCACUUUUAAAUUGUUUAUCAGUGUAGUACACGCAAUUGUUGUUUAUGUUAUUAUAAAGGUUGUUUUCAGGAUUAAUUUCAUUAUAAAUGUCAUGCAUUUUGUGCUCUGUGUAAUCAAAGUUAGCAAAAUUCAAAUGUUCAUGCUUGCUGUAAAGACUAUAUACGCAAUCUCCCCCAAUAUUAUCAUUUCCAAUGUCUACAAA